AUGUCAACUCCUGACCACCCGUUGAAUCGUUUGUUGAUGUUCGACAAACCCUGGGCCUGGACAGAAGCUUGCCAAGUAGCCUUCAAGAAGUUGAAAGAAUUGCUCCUUAACUCACCUUUAUUGGUCCACUAUGACCCGAAUAAACCAGUUCGGUUGGCUGUCGACGCCUCAUCAUAUGGUUUGGGAGCAGUUUUGUCACAUGUCUCUUAUGACGGUGAAGAAAAACCAAUCGCGUAUGCAUCCCGCAGUCUCUCAGCAAGAUGCACUCCUGCUGAACUCCUGAUGGGUCGUAGAAUUCGCACAUGGUUGGACAUCUUGCAUCCAGAUUUGUCGGCCAGAAUGUCUGAGAAAACUAAGCUUAGAAACCAUACCACACGUCUUAACUUUCUACCUAGUGAUCCAGUCAUGGUUAGAGAUUAUCGGGAUCGUAAUCAAUCCUGGAUCAAACGAGUCAUUGAAGAUCGCUUGAGGGCUGUUACGUAUCAAGUUAUGGUGGAGAAUUUGUUUUGGAAACGGCACGUGGAUCAGCUGCGAUCCUUAGCAAAGGUUCAAAGGUUCAAAGAUUGCAGAUACCGACCCUAUGGCUGA